AAAAAAAAAUUCAAAAGAGAAGAAGGGAUGCAUUUUCUGGAUAUAAUAAGAAAUCCUGCGCUGAGAAAAGCCUUGAUCAUUUCCGUGUCACUUAUAUCAUUGCAGCAACUUGGAGGAGUUAACGCAUUAAGCUUCUACUUACAACCCAUAUUUGACGCUUCUGGUAGUACCCUAUCUUCUGAUAUAUCAUCACUUAUUAAUGGAAUUGCAAUAAUUUUUGCAAGCUUCAUUACCCCAUUAGCAAUCAACAAAUUCAAAAGGAAAACUUUGAUAGUCUUUUCUUCUAUAGGAAUGACUUUUUCAUUAGCGAUGUUGGGAACAUACUUCUAUAUGCAUGACUCCACGAGCAUUAACGUUAAACCACUUUUCUGGUUACCACUUGCCAGUUUAUUAUCCUAUUUAUUUUUCUUCUCCUCGGGAAUGUCCGUUUUACCUUGGACCAUCGGAGCAGAACUAUUUCCCACUAGCUGUAAACAAAUAUCAUCAUCAGCUGUUUCAAGUUCCUGUUGGUUAACAUCAUUUUUAGUAACCCAGUUCUUCAACAGCUUGGUCGAUUUGUUAACCACUGCCGGUGCAUUUUGGUUCUUCGCAUGUUGGUCCGCUUUUACAAUCGUUUUCACUAUAGUUUUUGUUCCAGAAACAAAAGAUAAAAGCUUUAGGGAGAUUCAGGAUAUAUUAGGAUCAUGAUGUUUUUACUUUUUACAUUAAUAUUAAUUUAUCUCUAAAUACAUUCUACAGAAAUAUAUAAUUUUCUGUAAUAUUUGUUAAGCUUGAAGUUUUCAUGUAUUAUAUUUGCAUUUAAUUAAGUAAAUAUAUUUAUAA